CUGAUUGACUAGAACGUAAUUUUUUCCCGGAUUAGCAAAGUAUUUUUUUUUAAUUAGAAUGGAUUUCCGCAAAGUAACGCCUGAUUCUAUUCAUUUUUUUUACAAUUUAAAGAAGAUGUUAAAAUGAAGUUGCCUUAAAAUAUGCCUUGGGUUUCGUAUUUACUUGAUAUUGGGAUCGCGUGUUUUGUUGUCCGCCUGGUAAUCCUUCGUCUGUUGGCUGUUUCACUUACAUGCUGCGGCGCGCGUUAUGCGUAAAUAAAUGUAUGUGGGUAGAAUUUGCAUGUGUGUAAGUGUGUAACUAAGGCGUAGCCAAAUAGUAGUAUAAUAUACAGCGUGUAAAUCCCAUGCGGGCAAUAAAUUAAACCAGAUAUAGAAUUAAUAAUUAAUUUUGAAGUUAUACUUAACGUUGAUAGUUACUUUAAAAGCCCGUAACCCGUAACUUGUGUGUUGUAUUACAUUAUGGGCCGAAUUAUUUUGUAUGUUUACAUUUUUCAUUGUAUUUCUAAGCAAAAUCUAUCUCAAUAUACUUCUUAGGUCCUAUGCUAACCACCGUAGCGCGUAGCUCCAAUAUUUUUAGUGUCACCGUUGUGUUAAUAUACGGCAAGUUUGUGAAAAAGAAAGGGUCCGCACUCGCACGUAUAUAAUGUAACUCUAGGGUAAGACAUAUCGAAUUAGUUUGAAGUCCUUUUAUUAUAUUAUUUGAGUCCCUUCAAAUAGUAAAGUAUAUAAGAAAGUCCCUUACAGAAGAAAAUCAAAAGAGUUCCAUAGUUCAUCACGUCAAACGUCAAUAAAUGUUCACUCCUCAAGAAAAACAAAACUGUCAUUCAAAAGUCAUGAUCAAACAACAUAAAUUCCGGACCAAAUGGGUAUAAAAUAAUAGUUUUAGACGAAUAAAUAGUUUUCCAAGAUGGCACCUCCAAAAAAGGAAGAGUUCUCGUGUGAGCUCAACACUACCAAAUACUUCGCGCUGUGCGCAGGCGGCGGCGCCGUGUGCUGCGGCUCCACGCACUUGUUCGUCACUCCGCUGGAUCUGGUCAAAUGCCGGCUUCAGGUGGAUCCCGGCAAAUAUAAAUCCAUCUUCAAGGGAUUUGGCGUGUCUUUUAAAGAGGGCGGCGCUGCGAACCUCGUCAAGGGUUGGGCACCCACUCUAUUAGGAUAUAGCGCCCAGGGAGCAUUUAAGUUCGGCGGAUAUGAGUACUUCAAAUACAAAUACAGUGAAAUGGUGGGAGAGGAAAACGCUUACUUGUACAGGACCGGGGUAUAUCUAGCCGCGUCUGCGUCCGCCGAAAUGAUCGCUGAUUGCGCGCUCUGCCCUUUCGAAGCGACUAAAGUUCGCAUGCAGACUACGCCCGGCUACACUUCACAAAUGCGGAAGGCCAUGCCGCAUAUGCUGUCGACUGAAGGCAUAGGAGUGUUCUUUAAAGGAAUUGUGCCGCUGUGGGGUCGGCAAGUGCCGUACACAAUGAUGAAGUUCUCGUCGUUCGAGAAGACGGUGGAAUAUCUGUACGCGAAUGUGAUGCCGAAGCCGAGGGAGCAGUGUACAAAGGGCGAGCAGCUUCUCGUAACGUUUGCUGCUGGCUACAUCGCUGGCGUGCUGUGCGCGAUAGUGUCCCACCCGGCAGAUACGCUGGUGUCAAAGAUGAACAAGGACCCGAGUUCGAGCAUAGGCAGUAUACUGGCAGAGGUUGGAAUGUUAGGUAUCUGGCGAGGUCUGACGGCACGUAUCAUAAUGAUAGGGACCCUCACGGGGCUGCAGUGGUUCAUCUAUGACGCGUACAAAGUCUACAACGCGAUGCCCCGCCCCGCACCUGGGCCCAUGCCCGAGUCGUUGAGGAAGAAGUUAAAUAAAUAGCAAAUCGUUCGCUUGUAGAGCGAUAUAAAUAUUGUGUUUUUCUUCUGUUCAAAUACGAAGUGAUAAAUCUUGAAUUGGGUACGCAUAUGGACAGUAUAAACAUUUUCUUUAAAUUUUAAUGAUAAUUACUGCUGACCCCCAGUUUUGAUGUUUGUCGUAUUGCUGCUUUUAGUCUAUUAAGUAUGUAAAAUAAUAUUGUUUGCAAAAAUAAUCUUCGCAGGUCUCGUGCUUAAAUUAUAAUAUUAUUUUUGAGGUUGAGGAAUAAAUAAAAACUUCCUUAACUUAAA